CCCACAUACGGCACAAUCGUUGAUCGUACACUCGUCAACGAUUGUUACAAAAUGGCAGGUGAUAAGAUUAUUGACUGCACGCAGAACGGUAACAGCGAGAAAAUAAACGAAAAUGGUGACUUAAAUCUCAGUCUAAACCUGGAAGAUGAUUUCGUCGAAUCGAUCGAAUAUGUUCCCUGUCCCGAGUUUCAAUUCUCGACAAUGGCAUGUUACAUUUGUAAUGGAUAUUAUGGGCCAUGUUUCGAGGAACCAGUUUGUGCAACAUGUCAUGCAUUUCUAUUCCCAAAUGACGUUGAUCUGCUCCAAGUGCCAAUUUUCAGUGAGAAAACGGAUGACGAAGAUUCGGGAAACGACGAACCAACGGAUCUAUACUACAAUCACGAAAGGAGAACUAGUCAACAGCAGCAAAAUUCUCCACAGAGUGUCAACCGCAGUAUCCCAAACGCACAGCAGAAUCCGCUUAAUCAUAACGCAAAUGUUUCGCGCAGAUGUUAUGCACAAUAUCAAAACGCGGUGCCCCAGUGCAAUUAUUACGUACUCCAGAACAAUUCGACCAGCAAUUCUGUCGACAAAUGUGUGACGUUUGCACGAAAUGUGCCAACGCCGCGCGAUGUGAGUCUUGAUUUGCAGAGUAUGGUCUGUAGGACGGGAGCAGACGACUGCCAUCAGAACUGCAUCAGCAGGAACGAUCGAAAUGCGCAAGAUAGGGCGGAGGCAAAUCCGCGGAGUACGCCAGAUAUGUUUGCACUAGAUCACAACAGUCAAAAUGACGAACUCGGAUACAAUACUGUGCGAUAUCAUUGGAACUACCGAGUAUGUGAGGACGCGGGCGAGCCGUCACGACCGUACAAUCUGUCGGAACGACUGGAGAUAUUAUCGAAUCACAAACACAUUGAGCAUGAACCCAUUAAUGAGCCAGGUUUAGUAGAGAGAUUGCCGCCCGAGGUGCUGCUUGCUAUCUUCUCGCAUCUUGAUGACAUCAGUCUGUGGUCGGCGGCGAACGUCUGUCGACGAUGGUGCGGUCUGCUGUCGACACAUGUUACGCAGCUACAAUGGAAGCGACACGUGAAAUUACGCUGGCCCCUCUAUAAGCCCAUUGGCUGUGUUCAAAAUUGGUACAAGGUGUACGACUAUCUAGCCUCAUCAGCACCAUGCCGGACUUGCUUGGCACAGACUUCUCUGCGAUCAAGACCACCCAGGAUGGAGGAGAACUCCUGGCGAAGAAACAGACUACGCAGCGAACUGAAAAGUUUGAGAAUUGAUCCACCAGAAGGCAUCGAGGCGAUGCCUCUCGAUCAUAUGUGCUGCCAUUGGCAAGCCACUAUUACGGGACCAGUGGGAAGUCCAUACGAAGGAGGAUUGUUUUAUCUGUAUCUACAGGUUCCAUUCAGCUAUCCUAUGUGCCCACCCGUAGUGAGAUUUCUAACGAAAAUACUUCACCCGAAUGUAUCGAGACACGGGGACGUUGGCAUAGACUCGAUACAUCAUAAUUGGUCAUUAGCUCUCACAAUAUCAAAAGUUCUUAUCAGUGUACAAAGUCUGCUUACAGAUCCAUAUUGUCAGGUAUGUAUGGAACCAGAACUUGGAGAGAUGUAUCUGAAUGAUCGUGAGAAAUUCGAGGAAGUGGCAAGAGCAUGGACGUGGAGGUACGCGAUGCACGAUGUUGUAACGCCAUUUUAGUGCACAUGGAAUGUAUAAAUCACAAUCUAUAUAAUUACUGUGUAAGUUGUGUAAUUACACCAGAUAUUAAUUAGAACAUAAAUAAGCUAUAAAGUAUUUAACAUAAAUUGAUAAUGAGAUUUGUGAUAUAUUGUGCUAAAAAAAAAACAAAAUCUACCAAGAACGACUGUAUAUAUUUAUAAGAAUUAUUUGUUAAUCACGUGUACUAGCAAAAUUACAAUUGAAUCUUUUUUAUCUAAGAGUUCAUUAUAAAAUGUAUUAAUAUUCUUAAUGUUGUUACUUUAAUUGUUACGUUCCUCAUGAAAUAAUUUAAAAUCAAUUAUAUAAUAUUGUAUACAGAGUGUCUCGAAUUAAAACUUUGUGUGGGGAAUUAAUAAACUAAAAAAAAGUUCUUUAGUGAAUUGUUCGUUUUGGCUAUGUUUUAGAGAAAAUCACAAAAAUUUUUGUUUUUCUUAUUUAGUAUUUACACUAAGUCCAUAUAUAAUUUUUUGAUUAACAAUUUCUCUUGUAAAUGUAAUUUUAUCUUUUCAUAUUAUUUUUAUAGAAAUAAAUCAUUAUUCUAAAACGACUUAAAAAACGAAUUGUUAAAAUCCAAUCUUUCGAUAUCCUGAGAUAUGUAUAGUAAAUUUAAGAAUGGUACCGACAGUGCAAUACGAGUUAUACUAAAUGCAACACUUAUUUUGCUACAAGAAGUCAUCAUUUUGAACAUCUUUAUUAAAGAAUAACAGAGAAUAAAUAAGUAAUAAAGUACAAAAUAAAAAUUUAUUUUUGCAAUUUUCCCCAAAACAAAGCAAAAACGACCAAAUUUUUAAAGGACAUUUUUUAAUUUACUAAUCCCGUACACACUUUCGAAAACUUGAUAUUUAAAUUCGAGUUUGUAUAAUAUUCUUUGUAAUGGCCUAAUUUACACCGGUCAUUUGAUACGCAUAUCAAGCACUAUAUUCAUAUUAAAUUAACUUAAUUCAAAUGGUGUAAAUGGUAAUGUGCCAGCCUGAUACAAUACAUAUCGAAAAAAUGUAUCAAAUCAAAUUAGUAUGUAUAACACAUAACUCUGUAAACACUUGCGUAUUAAUCGAUUUAGGUUCUCUUCAAGUGUCUUCUAUACUGACAGUGAAUAUGUGUGAAUCUGUGUUCCUUGGAACUUUCUUUCUAUUUAUUAACUCAAUUUAUUUGAUGUUAUUCAAUGUACACACAUUUAAAUUAAACUUUUAGUGCGAACCAUCUUGAUUUGCGUAUUAAAAAAGCGGUGAAUAAACUAGGACAGUAUAUAAUAUACAGGUGGUCUUCCAUAUUUCUUCUUAAAGAUGUAUGUAUUUCUGUGGUAGUUUAAGAGACGAAAAUACUAAUAACAAAUAUUGAAGUUAUAAUACUUUUAAAAUUAUAAUUAUAAACGAUUAAUGUUUAUCAGUUUUUGCCUCGACAUUUUUUGUAUUAGAACUUUUGUUUUUAAAUUAAUUUGUCUUAAAUUACCUUAGGAUAUACAGGAUUUUAAAGAAGAAAUGUGCGUGAGAAUGGUAUAACACCUUAUAUAUAUUCCAUGCUUUUUAUUACAUGUGCGUGCGUGCGUGCGUAUGUAUAUAUUAGGGUAUGUAUUUGGAUAGUAACUAGUUAAAAAAUUAAAAAUUGAAUAAUAAAAUUAAGAAGUCAAUAACUUU